AGAAGCUCGGGGGAGGAGCUUGAGCGCUAUCCGCUGUCCCAGUUCUGCCGGUAAUCGUGUCCAGUCCCUGGUUAUUGUCGUACAGCCGUUGGUACGCCGCGCUACUACGGAGACCAGUCAUUUGCUUGGCCGGCAGGCACAGCUGCCAGCAAGAGCGGCAGCGGGGAAUGGAAGCGGAGAACGCGGGCAGCUAUUCUCUUCAGCAAGCUCAAGCUUUUUAUACAUUCCCAUUUCAACAAAUGAUGGCUGAAGCUCCUGAUGGGGCAGUGGUGAGUGAACAGCUGAUGCCCGCAGAAGUUCCGGACCCAGCUCCUGCUCAGGAACCUGUACCAGAGACUCCAAAAGGAAGGAAAAGAAAACCCAGAGCAACAGAACCAAAAAAAACAGUAGAACCCAAAAAGCCUGCUGAGGCCAAAAAAUCUGGCAAGUCCACAAAAGCAAAAGAAAAGCAAGAAAAAAUUACAGACACAUUUAAAGUGAAAAGAAAGGUAGACCGUUUUAAUGGUGUUUCAGAAGCUGAACUUCUAACCAAGACCCUCCCGGACAUUUUGACCUUCAAUCUGGACAUUGUGAUUAUUGGCAUAAACCCAGGACUAAUGGCAGCUUACAAAGGGCAUCAUUACCCUGGACCCGGAAACCAUUUUUGGAAGUGUCUGUUUAUGUCAGGCCUGAGUGAAGUCCAGCUGAACCAUAUGGAUGAUCACACUUUACCAGGGAAGUACGGUAUUGGAUUUACCAAUAUGGUGGAAAGGACAACACCAGGCAGCAAAGAUCUUUCCAGUAAAGAAUUUCGUGAAGGAGGACGUAUUCUAGUGCAGAAAUUACAGAAAUAUCAGCCACGAAUAGCAGUGUUUAAUGGAAAAUGUAUUUAUGAAAUUUUUAGCAAAGAAGUUUUUGGAGUUAAGGUUAAAAACUUAGAAUUUGGACUUCAGCCCCAUAAGAUCCCAGACACAGAAACUCUCUGCUAUGUUAUGCCAUCAUCCAGUGCAAGAUGUGCUCAGUUUCCUCGAGCCCAGGACAAAGUUCAUUACUACAUUAAGCUGAAAGACUUGAGAGAUCAGUUGAAAGGCAUUGAACGAAACACAGACGUUCAAGAGGUGCAAUAUACGUUUGAUCUACAAUUAGCCCAAGAGGAUGCAAAGAAGAUGGCUGUUAAGGAAGAAAAGUAUGACCCAGGUUAUGAAGCAGCGUACGGCGGUGCUUAUGCAGAAAAUCCGUGCAGUGGCGACCCUUGCAGCUUCUCUUCCAGGGGGCUAACUGACAGUGGAGAAUCAACUUUCAGUGACAUUCCAAACGGGCAGUGGAUGACCGAGUCGUUUACAGACCAGAUUUCUUCCUUUAAUAAUCAUUGUGGGAUGCUGGAACAAGACGAAGGAAACCACGCUUAAGAGUGGUGCUUCUCAGCUCUACCUAAAUGCUGCAGUUUUAAUGCGGUUGUCAAGAAGUGGCCCUCAGUUUGCUAACUGAGGCAUUUUAUUAGUAUUUUACUCUGUGAUAUAAUGAUAGUACAGUUGUGUGGUAGAAUCAACUGUAUGAACCUAAGUAAGUUGGGAAAGAAAAAGUAGGGUUUUUUGUGUAUGAGUUUUUGUAUUUGAAUUAACCAUCAUUCCAGCUUUUUAUAAACUAUACUUCACUUAUGAAGAAAUUAA